AUGCUGAUUUUGACAGUCUUCCGCGAGUCGUACCCACACGCGACAGAGACAAUCCCAGCAGCACAAUUGAAGCACACGACCGAAAGCCCCAGACGUGAAGCUUCACAACGCCCCCAGCAAAUGACGCGACGUCACAACGAGAUAUUCAUGCCAUCUUCCGAAGCCACCAAGACGCUUGAAGAGCAGGAGCGUAUACUUUGGGCUGAUUGCGGGGAACAAGGACCAAUUGGCGUUGCUUUGGCCACAGAACUGGAAGAGUUGGAGCGUAUACCAUGGAGUGCUUCCACGUCUAUCCCCACCUCCGAUCUCGUGCACGGACACAUCGCUGUAGUCGGGCUUGACGAGAGGCCGGGCGCAAUACUGCGCGGGAUUGUCACCAAGCCUGAUUGGCAUAAAGAGUGCAUCGGUCAAGCAGUCAUCAGCCUCGCGCAUGUAGCAUUACGCCGGCACAAGACGUGGCGACGUGUUGGCGUCGACCUCGAGAAGACGAGCAAGCGAGCAUCAGACAGCCAGGCCGGUCCUAAGCUUAAACACCCCGCCAAGAAGAUCAAGGAGGUGCGGCGAAUAGUAGACGAGGCACAGAAACUCGAAAAUAGCUCAUCGUCAGACGUCAUGAAAUUAUUGAAGCGCAAGGUCAACGAGCUUGUCGAUAGAAAAGAGACGAAGCGUACAGGCAGCGCGGAUCAGUUCUUCAAGCCAUCCCCAAGUCUGAUAUACCCCCGACGGUUAAGGACUGGGAGGCAGGAAGACGAAGAGAGCAAGGAGCUCGACGAUAUUCCACGAGGCAUGAGCCGUCACCGCAAGUACAGCAAAAAGCAAGAGUCUACGAGCAUGACAAUGCAGUACAUAGCACAAAAACCGCAGGAAUAUGAGGACCUGUACCGAGGUUGGAUCUGGCGAGAUCCUUAA